AUGGCGAAGUCCCGCCACCGCCUCCUCCUCGUCACCAGCUAUACCUCGCCGGCGAGCCAGCCAACACUGACAAAAUUGAAAAGUCCAAAGGGUUUUACACCGCUGUUUCCUGCACAAGGUGCAGCAGAUCGUGUCCGGGUCGAAGCCGGCUGUCUUCGUAAAGCCCGCCGGCCAGACUAUGGCGGGUGGUCCACAGUCAGCGUGCGUGUUGUGGACGACGAAACCGAGCAAGCGACGAUCCAGGCGGAAGCCGCGGCAUUUGAAGCCAAGAAGACGCAAAUCCAAAUCGAACGCGACAACGACUUUCUCAUGGACGAGUCGUUACAUGCCGACAAUGCGAUGGGUGCGUUCAAUCGUGGGGCGGGCGCCUUUCAGAUCAAGAAGGGGGGUCGGAAACUCCAAGGCAAGUACGUCGAUGUGUCGCUGAGCCGUGCUACGACUUGGCAGCUCGACUCGUUCACGACGUCCAAGUGGAUGCAACUGGUCGUCUAA